GGGCUCGCUCUGUGUGUUCAGUUUCAUUCUUAGACUGCGGCAAUGGCUGCCCAAGAGCAAAACAGAAAAGAAGAAAAUCUGAAAGCUCAACAAGGUUUUAGAGAAAAUGCUUUUAAGAUUAUCGUGAAGAUGCAAGGCUGGUCUAGCGUGACUCCUAGAAGUAAACACUUAGUGGAUGAGAUUCUUCACAGCAUCUUGUUUUUGGGUAAAAUCAACAGCAUCCCCUUUUCCCCAAAUGAAAUCAUCUCUGAUGGUGAUAUUUUGGAAGCCUUAAUGGCAAAAUAUCCCAGGCCUUUUCAAUUCUAUCUGACUCAGCUUCCCAGGCGGAGUCCGUUCUCCUGUGUGCUCGACAUGAUUGUCCUGCUGAAUAGUCCAGCGAAUGAAGAGCAAAUAAAGGAAAGUCUGCGAGAUCUCAUCAAAGACCUUGCUCCACAUUUUCUGGUCUCCUCCACCAUCUGCAUUUCCCAGAAAUCCAAAACCGACCAAAGUUCAAAGAGGUACUACGGAGUCUCCAUGUCCACCAACGGUCCUAACCCGAGGACAAUUGUGAUUGCUGCCUCCUGUCUUAGCAAAUGGGAUGAAUAUGUAUCUGGUGCAGUGAUGACCUAUUAUCCAAAUAAUGUCAUGAAAGAUUACUUUGAUGGAACCAUUGAAGUACCUGGAAACAUCAGGUGUGAGGCAUUUAGUCUCAGUCGUGAUGAACAAAUGAGCCCUUGCAGAUCAUGUCACAAUUUGUUUGGCUUGAACACAGAAGAAACCAAAGAGUGGGAUUAUGGUAACUGUGCUGAAGCUGAGAGCCUGAGCAAGUUGCUUACAAGUGAGGAAGAAGUUAAAAAUGAAACACAUGUGCACGAACACUCAGCUGAAAACAGGCAGAGAGCUGAGGAAGAGGUUCGUAGGGCUCUUAGGAAUGUGUUGAGAAUGAUUCACUUUAACACCUGGACAGGUGAAUUUUACAACCCCGAGUGAGAUGUCAUGAAAUCAUCUGUAUAAGGUGACCUGAUACCUCUGCUUUGAUCUGAUUCUGAUGAAUAAAGAUGCUCUGCGCUGACAGCAUGAGUGUGGAUUUGCUGUAAUCACAUACACACAUUAGCGCGCUCAUAUGUUUACUCUCCAGCUCUUUGUAACGUGCUUGUUAGAAUUUAUAAUAAGAAUAAAUAUCAGCAAACGGUGAGAAAAAACUGAAAAGGUGUUUUGAUCAUGGUAAUAAUAACAUCAGGCUUCUAUGUUUUCUAAUGCAAUAUGAAGCAUGUGAGACAGCAAUUAUUGGGAAGAAACACAUCUUUAUACUGGUCUAUACCCAGGAUACACAGAAAUACACAACAAAACAUGUCUUUUCCUUUUAUGAUCCCAUCUAUAACCUCUUCCCUAAGCAAAAGCACUACACAUGUAGUUAUAAUAGUUGUAGUAGAUAUAGCACCAAAUAUAUUUCUGCUCUGUAAAGUGUAACCUUUUUUAACCCUGUAAAUUCUCAACCAUGAAAUAAUUGACAGAAAACUCAACUGGAGUGUUUA